AUGGAAUAUAAUUCCGGCGUUAGUAUGAUUCUACCCGAUACUAUUAAUCUUAUUGAAAAUGAUUCUUAUGAUGAAGAUCAUGAAGACAUUGUUCAUGAACAAACAAAUCAAAAUGAAAUUGUUGAGUUGAUCAUGGCUGCUUUUGAAGGUCAUGAGGAACCAUCAGAUGGUGAAGAUGAUGAUGACGAAUCAUGCAAUACAUCUGAUUCAAGUCAUCAUACUUCAGGCGAAAAAUAUAUGUUAAAUAUUGAUAAUAAUAAUUAUUCUACUGAUGAACAUUAUGUUCAAGAAAAUAAAGAAUUACUUGAUCAUAAUCAUCCACAUCAACAAACAUCAUUUUCAACAUCAGCAAUUUUUACCCCUUCAUCAUUAGUUCCUUCAACAGAUGUUCAUGCAUUCGAGGUUAAUAAUAAUGAUUAUACACAUUCGCAAAAUAGUCAAAAUAAUAAUAAUAAUAAUGAAAAGAUUUUAUUUAAUAGAAAAAAUUAUCUUGUACUUGAUCAAAAUGAUAAUCGUUCAUCUAUUAUUGAUCCAAUGCAAAUUUAUUAUUUAUAUCAAACAUCAUCGACAAAUUUAAACGAUACACUAAAUCAAGUAAAUAAAUUACGUAUAUUAUGUAGUGCAAAAGAUCGAAAAGUAUCUCAACUUGAAAAUCUUUGUGAAGAAUAUCGAGAAAAAUAUGAAAAUGAUGUACGAACACUUCAAUAUAAAUUUGAAUUAAGUGAACGAUCAAAAUAUGAUUUAGAACAAAAAUAUAAAUUGAUUAAUACACAACGUGAAGAAUUAUUUGAAACCAAUAAUCAAUUACAUAGAACAAUUAAAGAUGCAGAAUUACGAAUUCAACAAUUAGAAGUAGUUAAAAUACAGUUUGAAAAGAAAUUCUCUGAUUCUGAAUUAUUGAUCGAUAGUCUUCAUCGAAAAGUGAAUGAAUUAAAACAUUUUGAAUCAAUAGCACGUUCACAACAAGAUUAUGAAUUUGUUUUAUCUACAAUACGUGAAAAACAUGAACAAGAAAUAAUAUCAUUUAAUGAAAAAUUACAAAAUAUGCAAAUGAUUUUAAAAGAAAAGAAUGUUGAAAUCGACGAACUUCGUGUUCAAUUAGACGUUGCAUAUAUAAAUAACGAAAAAGCUAUACUUGAACGAAUAAACACAAUUAAUCAUUUAAAUGAACAAUUGCAUGAUUGUCAACAAAAAUAUUCUGAUUUAUUAAGUACAAACUUAUUAGAAUCAGUCAAUCAAACAGAAAUUAAAAGACAAUUAACAAAUAUGACUGAAGAUAAAGAAAAACUCAAAAAUAAAUGUCAAGAUUUACAGUCGGAAGUUCGAACAUUACGCGAACAUCUUGGUGAAAAUGAAAAUGAAAUUAAUAAUGAUAUAUUUUCUAUAAAAAAUAUUCCAAUUAGUAAUCAUGAUAGCAAUGAAAAAUUGCCAUUAGAUGGUUUAUUAAUAAAUGAAAAUAUUCGUUUAAGAACACUUAUUGAUGAAUUUGAAUCUAAUGAAAAACAUCUUAUUGAAUUAAAUGAAGAAUUACAACGUAAACUUCAAGAUUAUGGAUAUUCAUCAAAACGUACUGAGAGUAGUAGUAGUAGUAGUAGUAGUAGUAGUUCAAAUGAAACAGUUAUAACUACAAGUAUUCAUAUGGAAAAAAUAAAAGAAUUAACAAAUCAAAUUGAAAUAUUAAAAAGAAAUUAUACAGAUUUAGAAGAAAAAUAUGAAUAUGAAAAACAUGAAUUACAAACAAUGCUUGAAGAAUUACGUGAAGAUGUUAUUGAAUUAGAGAAAACAAAACAACUUUAUAAUGAUUUUUGUCAAGAAAAUCUUCCAAUGGAAGAUAAAUUUCGAACAAAAUUUGAAUUUGAAUUAAAAACUAAUUUAGAUGAUUUACGUCGAAUACUUGAAGAAGAUUAUAAUGAAAAAUUAUUAUCUUAUAAAACAAAUCAAGAAAAACUCGAACAAGAUAAUCAAAAUUUAAAAAUUAAAUAUAAUCAAGAUUUAGAACAACAAUCAAAAGAAUUUUAUGAAGAAAUGGAAGCUAUUAAAAUUACACAUGAAAAACAAAUUAUUGAAUUAAAUAAUGAAAUCGAUAGAUUAAGAGCUAAUGGUGAGUUCUAUGAUUUAUAA